UCUUCGGAAACGCAUCCCACGCGUCUGCAUGCAGAGGCCAGAGCAGCUCGAAGGGGAGGUCUACAGCUCGUGCUUUUCGGCUUUGUCGCAGUGAGCGCGGCGGUUUGGGUAGCUGCAUGGAGACUUUGGCUCGGAUUUGUUUCGAGCGGUGUGAUAUCGCUUGCCCGUGGGGUGUAUCAGCUGGACAGUGUAGUUCGCAAGCAGGAACGCCGCAUGCCGAAAUGAGUGCUGCAACACCGGGAGCUGCUUGUAAGACUUCCGCUGUUGGCGCUGCUGUUUAUGACGGGUAAUGCCACACGGAUGGAUACGGCGAGGCAUGGAACGGCCUUCGCCUCGGCAGAAGGAGUUCUAGGGAAGCUUCUUCCGCACUUGGAAGCAGCCUCGCAGUCCUUUGUUUUGGACGCGUUUCAUCAGAUCACCACGACGAUCUGGAGAGCUUUCGCAGUCAACUUCUUGGCAGAAGCCGUAAGAAGGGCAAAGGUAAUAAAUCUAGCAGACGUCGAAAAUUGCCAUGGAUCGCAUCCCGGGGGCCAGAUUGACGACUUGAACUCCAUCGUACCAGAAGACGGAGGAGGUACCGGCAGCACCACACCCGUCAAGUCCGAUCGGCUGUCUAGGAAGCGGCGGAGUCGAAAGCAGGCGGAAAACGGAAGUAUUCGUGCACACAUAACUGGAGAUGUUGCGAACUUUGCAGUCAAUUCAGAGAACAAUCAAUGA